CUGAAUGUCUAUGACCGAAAAGUGAAAGAAGACCGUGUCAUUGGAGGUCAUGCACUUUAUUUUUGUUCCUACAAAAUUGUCUUUCUAUACUUAUUUUUGUUAAAUAUAAAUUAAAUAGUUAAGUGAAUUCCAUGUUUUACAAAGUUAUGUGAAAAUUGAUACAUUUUAGCGAAAACAUAAUAAUGGCAGACCAGUUUUGUUUACGUUGGAACAACUUCCAGACGAAUAUAGUGAGUGCAUUGGAUUCGUUAAAAUGUUCAGAAGAUCUGGUCGACGUAACACUAACUUGUGAAGGCAGAAACAUCAAGGCUCACAAAGUUAUACUGUCAGCAUGCAGCCCGUACUUUAGGAAUGUGUUCAAGGAAAACCCAUGUCAACAUCCUGUUAUAAUAUUGAAGGAUGUAUCUGCUGAUGAUAUUCUAAGCCUCUUAUCCUAUAUGUACCAAGGAGAAGUAUUUAUUGAGGAAAGUAAAUUGUCUUCCUUUUUGCACACUGCAGCGUUGCUUCAAGUGAAGGGUCUGACGGGAGUAACACAGCAGAAUGAAAACUUUUUUUCGAGUGCUGCUACAAACAAACUUUUUACUCAGCUAACCAUAUCAUCGAAGCAGACAAACUUGGGAUUGGCUCACAAAGAGGCUAAAAUACCCGCCCUAAAGAAAAGACGGAGCAGUACUUCAGAUAAACCCAAUGAUGUACCUGUCAUUGAUAAUACGAAGAAGAGUAAAGUAUUAGAAACAAGUGAGAUAUAUAAUAAAAACAAUGGUGCUUCUUCUGUGAAAUUGGACAAUUUAUUGUAUGUGCCAGAGAACCAUGUUGAAAAGAGAAUUGAAAACAAAUCUGAACACACUAAUACAGCUAAUGGAAAGAAUCCAACAAACCAGAUCAAUACACAAGAAGACAUUCCAGUUACUGUCAAAACAGAAUAUGUUGACGAGAACAAUUCUCCAGCUCAAAUACAAUCAAUCAAUAUUGACAAUGAUGAUAGUCUUCCUGAUUAUGAGAACAGUAUGCUUGCCAGGUCACUGAUUUCUGGAAUAAACCCUUCAAAAAGUGAUGUAUGUGCCAACAAUUCAGUUUUAAAAAAAGUGUCAAACAUAAAUGAUAUGCAUACCAUAAGUCGACUAAAAGAAUCAAGCAUGGAUUCUAUGAAUUAUCCCAAUCCCAGAUCAAAAAGUCCACCAAAGACUUUGACAAAUGAUGACUCACUAGUGAAGGCGGAAAAGCCAUCGCCAAAAUCAGAUAUGGAGUAUGAACCAGAGGUGCUAUUGUCGGAACACCAAGACGGUCAAGACACAGAGUUGUACUCUCAAGAGCAGUCGCAAGCCCUAUUGUUAUUAGCGGGGAUGUCCACUGUGCCUGUACUGUCGAGUGGGGCUUCAACAUCCCAAUCCAUGACGUCCCACCAGCAAUCAAACCAUGCUGCAAUAUGCGGUGACUGUCCACAUUGCGGAAUGAAAUACUCCAACCAAUCGGCUCUCAAGUAUCACGUAAGAUUAAUGCACUCAGAUCUGACAAACCGGUUGUGUUGCUAUCUUUGCCCAAGAUCAUUCACAAUGAGGGAAACUUUCAAAGAACACAUGUGGGCUAGCCACGGCCAGCGAAAUUAAUAUCUAUGUGAACAAAAUGUGCCUUACAUUUAUAUUUAUACACAAGAAAGUUUGUGCCUUUAAAUGUUUUUUUAUACAAAAUUUAUGAUUACCGAACUAUUAGGAGAAAAUAUAUUACUAUUGUAAGUUAUGUUUACAAAUGAGCGUUAUGAUAUUAGGAGGAACAUUUAUAACUAUUACCACCAUUUAAUAAUAUAAUAAUAAAUUGAAUGAAAUGAAAGUUGUGCUUGCAAGUUUCAAGGACGACAAGAUCUCUCACAAAUAGAUAUUAUGUGUUAGUAACGACGGUGCAAAAAUAAUAGACCUGUAAGGCCUAGUACGGACUACUUUAGUAUUUUAGUAGUAGACUAAAAUACUAAAUUAGUCUGAACUAGGCAUUGAGAGCUGCGCUUUUUGGUGCUCCAGAAUUGAUCUAAUAAUUAUUUAGUGUGAAAAAUUUCGACUACUAUAUUAGUAGCAAUAAAAACUAUUUUUGUAUCAUUAGUAGUUAUUAAAAAUCAUCAGUUAUAUCUGCUGCCUCAUAUCAAAAUUUAGAAAAGAAACAAUUCUGUUGUUUAUAUUUUUUUUUUCAUCAACAGUAUGUUGAAGUGAAUUUGGAGAUGAUAUUAAGUAUUUAAAAAUGAAUUUAGGUUAAAAUUACACUAUUAGGUAUAAAUCAGCUCGAAAUUUAUAUUUUUAUACACAUGAUUCAUUUUUGAGAUUGUAUUUACAUGAAUUUUUCAGUAUUACACACAGAUUAUUUAAUUAGGCCAUCUAAAAAAGUCAAAAGUGAUAAACGGAUAAAAAUUUUAUCUUAGAGCCCAUUUACAUUAGUGCUUCUCACACAUAAAUAUCCAAAGUAUGAGAAAGCAUUAUAAGUCAAAGUCAAGCAAUCGACAAGCUCAAGGCAAGCUGUUUAUAACAUACGUGUAUAAUAGAGGUGCUAAGUGCUAUGGCGUACACUUUAUAGAUGCAAAAAUACACUGCCUUCCCUGAGGACCUAUAUUGGAGAUGGAGUAUUGCAUUUUGUGCAAUUUGUAUGUAUAAUGCCUGCCCUAGUUAAAACAUUGUGCUCGCCACUGGUGCUAAAGAUAGAUCAGGAGCAGACUACACAAUGACCAAUGUAGUUAACACACAUUGCUAUAUACAUGGGUAGUUCGUUGAUGACACUCCCAUGACAUGCGGGCGCCGGGGCGAAAAAUUGCGCGGGUGUGAAAUCGUGCGUGCGAGAAAGUGAGGCGCAUCAGUCGUGGGUUUUUCAUUCAUCGCUACACGCCUCCCGGCCCUCGCGGACCAUCGGGAGUGUUACGAACGAAGUUGCCAAGCUAUAACAUUGAGUGAAAAUCACUCAGCUUCAUAGCUUUGAGCAUCUCGCUCAUUGAUAAAUUAAUAAUUAGUUGCCAACCAUAGCUAAGAAGGAUGUAUUGUCAUUUGAUUUCAGUAAAGUCACAGUCAAGGUUUAACUUGCUGUGAAUAAAAAGACGUUUGACAUGGCAAGUUAGACUGUCUAGACAGCACUCCUGAGUAAUACCAUAGACACAUAAAUAGGCUGACAAAAGACUAAUGUGAAAGGGCUCUUAUAAUCCGUAAGCAGUAUUUUGCAGUUUUAUACAAUGAAUGAUGGUUUAACGUUUGAAAAUUAUUAUUUGUUUAAUAGAACAUAAAUUGUUGAAUAGAAUUUUGGUGAGUUGUGCCAAAAUGAUAUAUUUCUUAUUAAUUCUUAUUAAUCGUUAUAAUAAAGAUUUUUUUAUAUAUUUAUAGUUACCAAGCUAUUGUAAGAUUCCACUUUUAAACAUUAUUUCAGUUAAGUAAUAUUAUUUUGUGUUUUUCUGUUAGUUGAUAUUGUUAAGAAAGAAUAUGUUGACGAUUGUUACCACUCGGUUAUCAUAGUAUGUUAUGGUUGAAAUCACAUGUAAUGUGUUAUUUUGUGUAAAUGCCAUUAGUGAAAAGUAUAAAUUAUUGAAGAAAGUAUAGUUAUUAAGAAACGUGAAUCGUAGGAAUCAGUAAAGUUUAUAUUUAUAAGUAUUUACUUUUCAUAGUAGUUAAAUAUAUAAUGUUAAAUAUUGUUGAGUAUUUUAUUCGAAAGAUUUACAAAAUUUAUAUUUUAAAUUAUGUUACAAAUAAAAGAUGCUUCUAUAA